AUGUACAACCUCAUUACUCAACAUAGGAUAGAAAAGGUGAAAGGUGGUGAUACAAAUGCUACAAUAAGUUACCUGAGAGGUAAAGCUGGGAAUGAUCGUAUUUCUUUGGCUGAUGGGACUAGCCGUAUUGAUUAUGAUUGCUUUGGGAAUGUCUUGACAUUUGAUUCAACUUACAAUAGAAAUGUCUACAAUAAUUCACUUGUGAUAUUUUCUAGUAGCAAUCAUCAUGGACAUACCGUCAUAUUUGGAUGUGGUCUUCUUGUUAACAAGGAUAUUGGUUUAUACAAGUGGAUCUUGGAAACUUUUUUGAAAGCAAUGGGUAAUAAACAUCUUAUGCACUUACAUAGGAAUGCAUGCGAGAAGGUUAAGAACAGUGAAUUUCUAAAUGACUUCAAGAAAUUGAUUUAUGCUAAUGUGAGUGUUGAACAGUUUGAGGUCAUGUGGGGAGACAUGGUGGCAAUGAACAAUGAAAGAGUUGCAGAGUUCAAUAGUAAAUAUACUAAUCCAGUACUUGUGACUUCUUUGUCGACACUUGAAGCUUUUGGUGCAAAGACUUUUACUCGUAACAUGUUCCGGGAGGUCAAGAAGGAAAUUGAGGGUGCUUGUGCUUUGAACAUAGAGUUGGUAAUUCAGGAUGAUGGAAAACUAUACCUCAAGUGUAACAGUUUUAGAAUGCCAGAAAUUUAUCAUGUGGUUGAGUUUGACAGAAUUGGAGGGAUGCUUCGUUGUGAAUGUUUGUGGUUUGAAAAUCAAGGGCUUCCCUGCAUGCACAUAUUCGCAUGCCUAAAGCACCAACACAUUGAAGUUACUUCAGAACGCUUAGUGUGCAAGCAAUGGACGAAGAAUGGUAAGAGUGAUUUCAUGAAGUCAAACGUCGAUGAUCCAAGUGAUUCUGAUAAGGUACUAAAGUGUCAUUUGGGUAUGUUAGGUGUUGAGUGUUCUAGGUUGAUGGAUGUUGCAUGUAAGAACUCAAGUGAUUUUGUCGAAGCAAUGAAUGAUAUUGCCAACACAAUUACAAAACUCCAAAAGCGAGGUGAAAAUUCACGCAAUGGUAAUUUAGACGACGACUAUGUUAUUGACCCAUUGGUGGAAGAAACCAUAUCUUUGGACCUCCGGAACGAAUUUUUUCCUCCUGAGUCAUUGUGCAUGCAACCAUGGUACACUUGCUAG